AAAAUUCCCUUGGACUUUCUCACUCCCAGCACUGUCAGCCUGCCUCCAGCCCAGCUCAGUUGAUCAGUGAGCAGGCUUUGCUUGCCAGGCUGCUUUGGCCAGAUACCUGCUCGGGGUUUGUGUCUGCUCCAGGAGGAGGACAACCAGGAGAGGAUGACGGGCCUGCAGUACAUGUCUGGAUUUGGAAAUGAACAUGCUUCUGAGGAUCCACGCUGCCCAGGAGCUUUACCAGAGGGACAGAACAACCCCCAGGUGUGUCCCUAUGGCCUGUACGCGGAGCAGCUCUCGGGCUCUGCCUUCACCUGCCCCCGCGCCACCAACAGGAGAAGCUGGCUGUAUCGAAUCCUGCCUUCAGUCUGCCACAAACCCUUCAAACCGCUCGAGGAGGGCCACCUGACACACGACUGGGAUGAAAUUGAGCCUGACCCCAACCAGCUGCGAUGGAAACCUUUUGAGAUUCCCAAAGCCCCUCAGAACAAGAUGGACUUUGUCAGCGGACUGCACACCCUGUGUGGUGCUGGUGAGCCCCGAGGACGCAAUGGCAUCGCCGUCCAUAUUUUUGUCUGCAACACCUCCAUGACUGACAGAUGCCUUUAUAAUUCUGAUGGCGACUUCCUGAUUGUACCCCAGCAAGGAAAACUGCUCAUCACAACUGAGUUUGGGAAGAUGCUAGUGGAGCCAAAUGAAAUCUGUGUCAUCCAGCAAGGAAUGCGUUUCAGCGUGGAGGUGUUUGGAGAGACCAGAGGCUACAUCCUGGAGGUGUAUGGGGCACACUUCGAGCUGCCUGACCUGGGACCCAUUGGAGCCAAUGGCCUGGCCAACCCGCGUGACUUCCUGGUGCCCGUGGCGUGGUACGAGGACCGCCAGGUGCCAGGGGGCUACACAGUGAUCAGCAAGUACCAGGGCAAGCUGUUUGCAGCCCAGCAGGAUUACUCCCCCUACAAUGUUGUAGCUUGGCAUGGGAACUACACGCCAUACAAAUACCACCUGGAAAAAUUCAUGGUCAUUAAUGCUGUUGCUUUUGACCACGCGGAUCCUUCCAUCUUCACUGUCCUGACAGCCAAGACGACCCGUGCUGGCGUGGCACUCGCUGACUUUGUCAUUUUCCCCCCGCGCUGGGGGGUGGCCAACAACACCUUCCGCCCCCCCUACUACCACCGGAACUGUAUGAGCGAGUUCAUGGGGCUCAUCAAAGGCCACUAUGAAGCAAAGGAGGAAGGUUUCCAGCCGGGAGGCGGCAGCUUGCACAGCAUGAUGACCCCUCACGGGCCAGACGCUGACUGCUUCGAGAAGGCGAGCAAAGCCAAGCUGGAGCCGGAGCGGGUCGCAGACGGGACCAUGGCCUUCAUGUUUGAAUCAUCCCUCAGCCUUGCUGUCACGAAAUGGGGCCUCCAGACCUCAAAUCGCCUAGAUAAAAACUACUACAAGUGCUGGGAACCUCUGAAAAGCCAUUUCAACCCUAAAUGCAAGUAAAGGGAAGUGCUUGCUGCAUGCAAUCUGAGUGAAGGCACUCAUGGAAAUCCAGCACACCUACAUAUGAUGGCACAGUCAACUCAGGCAGUGCAGAAUGCUCCAGCACAGAACAGCACUUCCACCAGCCACCAAGCCACGAAAAUUAUCAUACCUAAGUAACAUGGGAAAUGCAGUAAAACCCAUCAUUGCUCUUAACUUUCAAGUACCCAAUUAAAGCUGGUGACAUGUUGAAACUGAAA